UCAAUUCGGAGCUUUCAACGGUCUAAGGGGAUAUAUUUUGCGAUUUUUCUAUAGCCAAGAUGUCCGCUGCUCCUUUUGACCUGCAACCCGGUCAAGUCUCUAUCUCCCCCCUCCUACAGAAGCUUGCCUACCCCUCCGAGAAGCUUCCUGUAGAUGCUGCAGACAUUGCUUCAGCAUUCGCAUUGAUUUUCGAGGAUCGCCUCUCUGCUAUACAGACGGCAGCUCUUCUGACACUUUUACACUCUACUGGAAGAGAUCGAGAUGCAGAGGUUAUCGCUAGAUGCUCCCAUCGUAUGCGUGAAGCCGCUACUCAGGUCGACAGGCCCACCUUGAAAAAGAUCAUCAAGGCCCGCGGUAAGAAGGAGGGCACUUACAAUGGAGGCCUGUGCGAUAUUGUUGGUACUGGCGGAGAUUCGCAUUCCACUUUCAAUAUCUCUACCACUGCAUCUAUCAUCGCCUCGCCGCUUAUCCUAAUGGCCAAACAUGGCAAUCGCGCGCAGACCUCUUUCUCUGGAUCCGCAGAUGUCCUCAAUGCUAUUCCGCCAAUCCCUCCGAAUAUUUCCGCUGUCAGCGCCGAAAACCUUCCACAGGUGUACGAGAAGACCAGUUAUGCAUUUUUGUUUGCCCCCAACUUCCACCCGGGCAUGAUGUACGCCAAUGCAGUGCGCCGCGCAUUGGGACUACGGACAAUUUUCAACUUGAUGGGCCCACUGGCUAAUCCUGUUGACUGGGCCAUUGAGGCUAGAGUGGUCGGUGUGGCCUAUCAGAGCCUUGGACCUGUCUUUGCCGAGGCCCUGAAACAGAAUGGAUGCAAAAAGGCAAUGGUCAUCUGUGGUGAGGAGGACCUGGAUGAAAUCAGCUGUGCUGGAAAGACCAACUGCUGGAGACUCAUUGAAUACCCUAACCCUGCAUACAAGGGCUCGGAACAUGAUGACUGCUCAAGUGACGAGGACGAGCAUGAAGUCCCCCGCACUCUGGUCAAAUUUGAAACUUUCUCACUACACCCAUCAGACUUUGGCCUGCCAACUCAUCCCUUGACUGCCGUAUUCGGAAGAAAGAUGCCCAAGGACAAUGCAGCCAAGAUUAUGAGCAUCCUGCGGAACGAACUGCCUCGCGAUGACCCAAUCCUCACCUUUGUUCUUAUGAACGUCGCUGCCCUUCUUGUUAUUUCGGGUAUCUGUGAAUCCGACACUAGUGACAUGGGUCCCGGCGAUGAUGGCCAGGUGAUUACCGAACGUGGACCAGGCGGUGGGCGCUGGAAGGAGGGUGUCCGGCGAGCCAGAUGGGCCGUCGAAAGUGGCGCAGCCCUUAAGUGCUUGGAGGGAUUUAUUGAAGUGACAAACAACCUUCAGUAAACCAUUUCUUUCGCAACGGUUUCGGGUCUUUCUUUCUCUUUUUCAUUUUCUUUUUUUUUAGAUUAU